AUGGGCUGCGGUGGCUGCGGUGGUUGCGGGGGCUGCGGCUGCGGCGGCUGCGGAGGUGGCUGUGGCAUGCCAGGCAUGAAGAUGGGCGGAUGCGGUGGAUGUGGGGGAGGCUGCGGAAUGGGGUGUGGAGGCUGUGGCUGUGGAGGGUGCGGUGGCUGUGGAAGUGGUUGCAGUGGGGCCAUGCCCGCGUGUGGUGGGGCCAUGCCUGCCUGCGGCGGUGGCGCCUGUGGCGGCAACAUGGGCAUGAUGCAACCCAACGCCAUGAUGCAGCAGCAGAUGGCGCAGAUGUCCUCAAUGAUGAUGCCCAUGAUGACGAUGGGCGGCGGCGGUGGGAUGGGCGACAUGUCUUCAAUGAUGAAGAAGAUGCAGGAGAUGAUGGGCAUGCCCUCGAAGAGCAAGGAGAAAGGAACCAAGAAGAAGUCGAAGGACAAUGCCAACGUCGUCUUCGUGGGUGGCUUGCGAAAAACCACCGAGGAGGACAGAGUGGCCGCCCACUUCGCGAAGUUUGGGCAGGUCGAACACGUUGACAUCAAGCGCCUUCCCGAUGGCACAUCGCGAGGUUUCGCCUUCAUCAAGUUCGCCGACACAGAGGCAGUGGACAAGGUCAUCGAGGCUCAUGCAAAGCACAUGAUCGACAACAAGUGGGUCGAGGUGAAGAAGCACGAUGGUGUGGCCGCAUCGGCUGGAAUAACUGAGUCCAUCGCCAUGACCAAGAAGAAGGAUGACGACGAGCCUGAGGAAGAGGAUCGCGGAGACUAUUCCGAGAAAUGGUCCCAGCAGUACCUGGAGAUGGCUUCCAAGCUGGGCGAGAUGGAGGGUGGCAGCGGUGGUGGAGAGAAGAAGUCAUCAAGCACCAGCCAAAUGGAGGACAUGAUGAAGCAAAUGGGUCUUGAUCCUGCGAUGAUGAAGCAGAUGGGCCGGGUUCCAGAGCUUCACGGUUUCGAGAUGAGGUCGGCUUUGCAGUUGAGCUGUUCGGGGCUUGCGGAAGAGGCCAUGCUUCUCACCGCACGGCGGUAUGGAGGAUACAUCGAUCAUAUCAAUUUCUUCACAAAGUGGACUCACUGCACACUGCUUUGGAGCUGCACACAAGUCCUGAAGUGCCCUUGGCAUUUCAUGUUUUGCUUGGUAGUGCGACAGUUUCAGCUUCAACACGUCUGCUUCAUACGGCUCAUGCUCUCCUACGGUCGCGAAGCAUUGCCGUUAUCUGUGCUUGCAUCUCUGGCUCUCAGCGGUGACGACCACGUGAGUGUCGACAGGAAACACUGUGGUAGUGUUCUGGUGCCAGGGACAAUGGCGGCAGCAUCCUCUACGGCAACCUCGGCCAAUGUGGAGGCAGAGGUGCACCCCUCCGACAGCGAGGAAAUCAUGAAGAAUCACACGGAGGAGGAGAUCAGAGCCUACGAUGAGGCAGCUCCGCGCACCCCGAACGGCACGCCGCUGCCGAGAGGACCACCCCCUCCUGUUGACCUGAGUCUGCUUCAACCUGUGGCCUUCCGUGUGGCGAAUGCAGUAUCGCAGGCCAUGGCGGAGGAGGGUGUCGAGAUCAAACAAGUGCUGGCGCUGAUCCCGGAAUCCUACCGGAACAUGGACAGCUUGGUGAUCAAGUUCCAGCCCCUCACGGCCAACUGGGCAGACCACCCGAACAUCUUGAUAACCAACCCCAGUGGGGAUGAAGCUGAGGCAGAUACGACGGAGGCCACGGAGGCCACGGGGACCGUGGACAAUGCGAACCCUGCAGCUGAUGAAGAGGAGAUCUGGGAAGGAGAAACGAAUAUGGAGAAGCUCCAUCGACUCGCUGCGGCGGGUGCUGAGGGUGAGGUGGCACGCAUGAUCAUCGCUGCCAUGAACAGGGAGGGAAGAACACUCAUGAGCAAUGAAGAGACUACGCUCUUGGGCUCGGUCAUCCCACAGAGCCCCAUGGCUGCGGCGGCGGAUGCAGAUGACGAAGCAGGAGGCACAGGGAACUCAGGAGAGGCUGGCUCAGCUUCAACCUCGGUGUCGGGCCUUUCAGCUACGGCGGCGCAUGCAGUGGCCACGGCUCCAUGGAGGGGCAACACGCGUCUGGCCACACCGACUGGCUCCAACUCCAACCGGAAGCUCGGGACUCAAUCGGCAAUGCUGUUUUGCAAACUGCAGUUGCUGAAUAAUAAGUAUCCCUACCUCUGCUUAGGCGUCGCCGAACCUCAUAGCCUGAGUAGCUCCCACCCAAAGGGUAGACUUGUGCUCUGGACACCCACACCUUACGGCUGUGGCUGUACAUUGGCUCUCCGAGCCUUUUGCAUCUACUCGACCUGUGGGCACAAGCUGGGGAAAACAAUUGCGUCACUCGAGAUUGAGUUUCUGUACGGUGAGUGCACUCCUUUCAAUCAGCCCUCAGACUACCCUGGGUUGGCCAGGUACGUGAUCGACCUCCUCCCUGAGAUUGUGGCGGGUGACUUACAGUGUUACCAUGAACCUGCGAGAUACAUACAACAAACUCAUGCACCCACUGUGGUCUCCAGGAUUCUACAGAGCCACCUGCUGAUCUCUGUGAUGGUCACACAAAUGGUCUCGACCUUGACUACCGUCUAUCUAUUGCUCUACCUUGCAAAGAUCUCUGCAGUGCACACUGGCAGCUCAGGUCAAGAUUAUCCUCCUUUCAACAGAGCUCGAAGCCGCGCCGGUCCCAAGUCCGGCGGCGUCUGUGGCAGGCUAGCAACCAGAUUUCUACUUCGUACUUUGAUGUUCUGCAUGCUAGCUCAGACAGUCAGAUCCACAGGCGCAGACGCGAGGGUUGAUGUUGUGUCCACGACGGCAUCUGGAACUGACAGGUAUGACCUGAAGGUGAAGCACAGUGGAGCACAGAGGACCAUCGGGUCCGAAACUCAGCCACGACCCUUGAAAAUAGGCAAGCGCACCUACAACAGAGCAUAUGCGCGGGCAGUACGCAUGGGAGGAACGCCCUUUCGGGGCAAAUGGCGACCACUGGAGUGGUUUACUCCCAGGCACAUCGUUCCGCAGUAUGUUGGCAAAACCAAGUCGGAAAACAACACGGCCCACUCAAUGAGGGUCUCCGGAGGCCUCACCAUGGAAGUCUUCCAGGAGUUGCAAACUUUUGCGAUCGCAGGUGACUACGAUUUGCUCCUGAUUCAGGAGACCAAAUGGCGACAUGAUUCAACCUGGUCAACGGAUGCUUUUCACUUCAUACAUAGCCAGGGCCACAACAAAGAGGACAAGGUGGCGGGACUGCUCGUCAUGGUGGCGGUUAAACAUACUAAGGCCGGGGACAUCCAACACAGUGCCCUGCAUCAUGGACGUCUACUACACGUGAGGUUCCCGAAAGGCCAGACCCACAUUGACAUCCUCAAUUACUAUCAAUUUGCUGCCAAUGACAAUGAAGGUGUGUACGAAAACAGGCACAAAUUGUUGACCAAGCUGCAAAGGACGGUGGCUGGACUGCCGGCGCGCAACACGCUGCUCCUUGCAGGAGAUUUUAACUGUCCCUUCGAGCCGAAUGCGGCACAUUGUGGUCGCUGUGUUCUGCCGCAUAACACUCUGCACUACAAGGACUUUCGUGAUCACCAGCAUGUCGUCGAGGCCCUUCACCUGUGUGUGCUAAACUCAUGGAGCAAUCCCAGGCACGGACAAUUGGCCACGUUUACCUUUGGCAAACUUGCUUCGCAGAUUGACUAUGUGAUGAUGCGGAAAACGCAGACGACCCCGCUGGCGCGCAGAGCUCAGGUUUUAGCCAAUUUUCCUGUGGCGGCGUGGAGGGAGGGUGCAAAUCACCACCCGGUCGAAGCAUACAUUCAGGUUCCCCGGAAUGUUCGACAUCUACAUACCAAGUCGGUACCUCAAUCUGCACGAUUUGACAAAGAACAGCUACAGCAAGACCUGCAGAUGGAACCAACUCCAGCCUUGCUUGCCCUACGCGAAGAGGCAGCUGCUCGCAUUCAGGGUGCAGAGGACGCAAACAAAGUACUCCUUGAGGUGGCGAUCAAGCACUACCCCACCCCUCCACGACCUCAGACACCACCAUCACAGCCGGCGGCCUUAGCCAACUGCGCGAAGCAUAUGUGGGCCAUCUUCAGACAGAUGAAAGCGCAAAAACGCACAGCCAAGGGAGUACUGACUGCCUGGCACCUGUGGACCAGAUUUCAGCAGGCUCAUAAAGUGCACAAGCAACGAUCCAGACGUCGUACAAGAGACAAAAGAGAUGAACUUCUUGCACAGGCGCAACAAGCAGCCGAGAAGGGCAACACUUUUGGCCUCUGGAAGGUUGUGAAACAGCUGGCCCCCAAGGCACCACGCAGGCGCUUACAGCUGCACAGAGACGGAAGUAUCUUGAACACAGCAGAUGAACUAGCAUGGAUCGUCCAGGCCUUCGGCGACCGCUACGGCAUGGGAACGACUGACAAAGGAUGGGAACCUCAAGGACAUGCUGCUCCGUACCCCCUGGUACAAGCCUCGGAACUUGCAUAUGUCCUUAGCCACCUCAAUGUGCGGAAGGCGGUUCCUCGUGACUCGGCACCAGCUCUUCUCUGGAAGGCCUGUGGUGCCCAUGUGGCACACAUCAUAGCGGAUGAUGUCAGUUCGCAAUGGAUGCAAACACCCACCAAAGUGGAUCACAGAUGGUCGGAUGCUGAAGUAGCCCUGUUGGUUAAAGCUCAUGGUCGUAUGAAUACUCCACUUGAUCUUCGACCCAUUGGGCUUCAGGAUCCAUUGGGGAAAGGCAUCAUGUCCAUCCUCAUCCAGCAGGCCAAAGAGGAAAUCUCGCAUCUCAUUCGGAGGUUCCCGCAGACAGCAUACAUUGCUGGAAGGAGCACCAGCACGGCUCUACGACAAGUCUUCAGUCACUGUCGUGAUGUACGACAAAUGACCCAAGGCGAGAGACUGACCAUUCACCAACGCAAGGACGGUAGAGCUCAAGCACAGUGCUGUGGAGGACUCCAGAUAAGCCUCGAUUUGUCGGCGGCUUUCGAUUUGUUGAGGUGGCAGCACAUCAAGGAAGCACUUGAUUUAGCAGGCACUCCUCUUUUCCUACAGGAGAUUCUCCUCACAUGGCUUGUUCAGGUGCGCUACAUCUUCUGGCACCGCGAUCAGUCCGAUGUGGUCACCCCUAAAUGGGGUUUGCGCCAAGGCUGUACCGCAUCUCCACUGUUGUGGUCAGCUUUUACAUCACUGCUGUGCAUUACUCUCGAGGCCAAGCUGGGAGAUGGCUGGACGGGCAAACAUGCUACUUUGUAUGCAGACGACAGUCACCUUCGCUGGAACUUCCUCAACUUUCUCAGCUUUGAGCAAACUAUGCGUGAAGUCCGAAUAGCCCUCAAUGUCUUCAGGUCCUUCAAUCUCCAGAUCAACAUCGAGAAAACCAAAGCCAUCCUCAAGGUUGUCGGCACCAUGCGCACUCGGGUUUAUAAGGAGUACAUUCGCAAAACUGGCAAGGACACACCAGAUCGUCUACUGCUCUCACCACGGGAUCCCGACCAAUGGCUACCGCUGGUCACCCAGACUGAGUACCUAGGACUCAUCAUAUCCUAUGGGGCGUUUGAACUUCAAUCCCUCCGUCACAGAGUCUCCAAGGCUAACGGCCGGAGGUGGGCUAUGGCAUCAAUACUUCACUCCAAAAAGAUGGGAGUAGGCUACAAGCUUCAAUUCUGGCGAAGCUGCGUCUUGAGCAUCAUGACGUAUGGGCUUCACUGUUGUGGACUCACAGGUGAUCAGGCUCAGGAAGCUCAACGUGCACAAAUGAAGCAUGUCAGAGCCAUUGUGAACAACCAGGCCCACUUGACGGGCGACACCCAUGAACAGAUCAUGCAGCGUUUCAAUAUACCACACUUUGCUGAGCUACUACGCCAUGCACAGGAACGCGAAGCCAAAGCAGCCGACUUGCACCAGGACUGGAUGUGGCAUGCAGACUGGCAACAAUAUCUACUCCAACAGUUGCUUACCAGGACGUCCGACCACACUUCGAACGAGCAAGACGACAUUUGGUCGUGCCCCAUUUGUGAAGCUUCAUUCACGAGUGCAGCUGCUUUGAAGACGCAUGCCAGACGAACGCACUCCAUAAUUGAAGAACAUCCUAUUGUCUUCAAUAAAGCUUUGCAUUCUGAAGGUGGAUUGCCUACAUGUAGUGGUUGCCACAAGAAUUUCUCCAAAUGGCAGUCCCUGGCACACCACAUCAACCAGAACAGCUGUCCCAACAUGAUCCGACAGCCAGUGCCGGUUGACAAAACAGGCGAACUUCGAAACAUGCCAGUUGCAGCUCCAGAUGACGGCACUUCCACCAUCAUAUGUCAACAGCCAGACGUGGUCCAAGAGAUGUUCGAGGAUCCGGAUCUGAACGAGUUCUUCGGCGAAGUGAAACAGGAGCCAACAGCCAAACGCCGACGCCCCGAGGAGACCUCCAGCAAACCACAGCUUCAGCCCGCAGGGGGACGCAAGGACGAAUUGGUAGUUACUUUGGCAAGGCUGGCAAUCAAACAGGAGGAGGAACUGCAGGUCCUGAAGCAGGAUCACUCCUUCAUGCUGUUCAUGCGGCCAGGCAAGGACUCGAUCUUGCAUUACCUCUUCCAAACAGCCACCUUGUUCAAAAAGAAACAGGAGGAGUCUCCCACCUGGGGAGCAGCCUUCCAACCUCUUCGGGUAGUCCUAUCCCUUGCACUCUUCCGCGAACUGGCCACGAGGAUCGAGACGGUGGAGAAGGACGAGGCCAAACGGAAGGAGGCGGUGGACAUGGGCUGGGUAACCACGGAGAUGAAAUGGAAGUUUCAGGUUUGGAACCCUCAACUAAAAUGUCUUCAAGAAGACCGGGAGAGGCCUCCGAUGGCCACCCAGGACAUAAAGGCCCUACUGGAGCGACUUUAUGCAACGAUCAAAUGCGACAUUGUCACCAGGUUCAGCUGCACGAGACGGUUAACCGAAACGAUGGAGUCACAGGCCUCCUUCUACUUCGACCUCUCGACUCGGGGCAAAGGGCAGGAAGCUUGGGAGAUCAUGCACACCUUGCAGGGCAGUUGCGUCCUGCAAUUGAUCGGCCUUGCGUACAAGAGGGCAGGUCUACGACGAGGCCCCCUCACCCAGAAGCUGAAGGAUCUGCUGAACCGGCGCUGA